GUUUGCCACACAUUCCCAAUCUCCAAAUAAACUUUUACUUCUUUCUUCCCAGAGAAGAUGGGUGGUUUCCUCAUUGGAGGCACUUGCUCCGCCCCUUCUCCUCCUCUCCAUUCUAGACUCCUCCCAUCUCCUCCUCCUUCUCAGUUCCUGCUUCUCUCCUCCACCAAUUCCAAGCGUCGCCGACCACCAUCGGCUUCUCUACGCCGCCAAGACGUCAAAAGAAGAGCUUUCGUUCUCGUUGGUAUCUCCGUUCUUCCCUUCUUCCAGCUUCAGUCCCCUGCUUUGGCCGAUGAAAGAGACGACAAUGAGAUUAAGACAUCAAAGCUUAAUCAAGAUUCUGAGGUUGCAGUUAGUGAAGGAACAACAUCAUCACCAAACACAUUUCUCUCUCUCCUAAAUGGUCUUGGGAUUUUUAGUUCUGGUGUUCUUGGCGCUCUCUAUGCACUUGCUCGUAAAGACACCAAAGCUGCUGAAGAAACCAUCGAAUCUCUAAAGAACCAGUUGAAAGAGAGAGAAAGAGCAUUGGUUUUGAUGGAGAAAGACUUUGAAGCAAGAAUCCUGCUCACACAGGAAGAGUGGAAUAAGGAAAGAAAAAAGGCAGAAGAGGAAAGAUUCUCAUUGAUCAACCAAUUGAAUUCUGCAAAGGAAGUGGCGACGGGGUUAGGCAAGGAGCUAAGCAGCGAGAAGAAGCUAUCUGAGGAGCUUAGAGCUCAGGUUGAAAACCUGCAAAGUAAUCUGUCAAAGGCUGGUGAAGACAAAAAGGCACUCGAGUCUGAGCUCAGAGAAAAGCUUGAUCUGAUUGAAGGGAUACAAGACCGGAUCAACUUGCUUAGUUUGGAGCUGAAAGAUAAAAAAGAAGAAGUUCAAAGUAUUAGCGCAUCGCUAGCUGAGAAAGAAGCGGAACUGAAGAAACUCAACUCUGCUUACACUCAAACUAGCAGAGAUCUCGUUGAAGCAAAGUUACAAAUCAAACAGCUUAAGGAUGAAGUCGCGAGACUUCAGUCUGAAAUAGACUCCAAGAACUCUACCAUUGAGGAACUAAACACCAGAAUCACCACUUUAGUCGCUGAGAAAGAAGGUUACAUCAAGAAGCUUGACGAUGUUACAAAAGACUACAGUGCCUUGAAACUAACUUCUGAGGCGCGGGAAGCUGCUGAUGCUGACGUCAUAAGAAGUAGAGAGGAGGAGAUUCAGAAGAUUAAUGAAAAGCUGGAUCAUGCGGUGAAGGAUGCUAACGAGAGUAAAGACAAAGUCGCUGACCUUACUGAGAAGUACGAAGACGCAAAGAGGAUGCUGGAGAUAGAACUCGCUAGUGUACAAAACUUGAGACACGAGCUCGAAGGAACAAAGAGAACACUCCAGGCGUCGAGAGAACGUGUCUCUGACCUGGAGAAGAUGCUUGAUGAGUCGAGAGCUUUGUGCUCGAAGUUUGAAUCAGAGGUCUCAAAAGUUAGCGAAGAGUUUGAUAAAGCCAAGAAAAGAUACGAAGAGAAUCUCGCUGAUGAGAGACGAAACGGUGAGGUUUUGGCUAGGGAGAUUGCAGUGGAGAAGGAUCAUGUGAAGAAAGCUAGAGACGAGAUUGAGGAGCUGAGGCGUGAGGUCGAAGAAGCUUCUGUCAAGAACCAGAGCCUGCAAAAGGAGCUAGUGGAGGUUUACAAGAAAGGUGAAGCCACUAACAAAGAAUUGAAAGAGGAGAAAGAGACUGUUUCGGCGUUGGAGAAAGAGGUUAAAGCAAUGGAGAAGCAGAUGUUGAUGGACAGGGAAGCAAUGAAGGCCCUUGAGACAGACCUGGAAGAAGCAGUUAAGUCUUUAGAUGAGAUGAACAAGAACACAGCGACGCUUUCGCGAGAGCUCGAGAAGGUGAACACUCAUAUCUCGAGCUUGGAAGACGAGAAAGAAGUGCUUCAAAGAUCGCUAGAAGAGGCGAGGAACGCGUCAAAGGAAGCUAAGGAGAACGUGGAAGACGCGCAUAUCGUCGUGAUGAGUCUAGGAAAAGAGAGGGAAGUGCUGGAGAAGAAAGUGAAGAAGCUGGAGGAAGACUUGGGGUCUGCAAAGGGAGAGAUACUGCGCUUGAGGAGCCAGCAACAGGAUUCUUCUGUAAAGGCUGUGAAUAGUACGGGUGAUGAAGAGAAGAGCGAUGAUGAUAAGGUUGCUGUGAAGAAAGUUGUCAGGAGGAGAAAGAGCAGCACCAGUUCUUGAAAGAGACAAAGGUUGUAUAAUGACCAAAACUUGCUUCUUAUCAUUUAACUCUAAUCUGUGUAAAUUUUGACCAUUUCAUCAAUGAUGAUAGGAAGUAUAGAGUGAGAAGAUUGUAUCAGGCUAUUCAUGUCUAAAAUUAUGAUUUCAUAUAAACUAUAUGUUAAAGAUUGAAAUUACAUU